AUGUUCACUCGUUCGUACCUCGGCUUUACCCGAAUAGGAGCUGCGGCAUCAAUGGCAGCAUGUUGUACCCAUCCUCUAGAUGUGAUGCGAGUACGAAUGCAAACUUCGACGAGCAAGACUACGUUCUCCAACGCAGUCCGAGGGGUACUAGCACAUGAUGGUGUCAGAGGAUUAUACACCGGAUUGACAGCUUCGAUAUUUCGACAGAUGACAUACUCUGUCACCAGGUUAGGAGCGUACGACUUGAUGAAAUCGCAGAUGUCGAAUGGUGGGAAGAAGAAGUUGACGACGGGUGAUAUGGUUAUCUGUGCUAGUACUGCUGGUGCGUUGGGCGGAUUGGCUGGUAACCCGGCGGAUAUCAUUUUGGUUAGAAUGGUGGCAGAUCCCACGAAAACUCCGGGUCACCAGUACAAUUACCGCAAUGCUCUACAGGGGACAUACAGGAUGGUGAGGGAAGAAGGCGUUCCCUCUUUAGCACGAGGCUUGUUGCCUAAUACCAUCCGAGCGAUUUUGAUGAACGCUUCGCAACUGGUUUCGUACGACUUUUUCAAGGAUCUAUUACUUGCUCAUAACGUCAUGUCCAAUGGGAUGCCAUGUCAUUUCGUCUCCUCUGCUUUGGCUGGUACCGUCGCUACCACGAUAUGUGCCCCUGCGGAUGUCGUAAAGAGUAGGAUCAUGAAUAUGAAACAUGGUCAAGGUGGACAUGGACCGGUCGGAUUGAUAAUGGAGAGUCUGAAACAUGAAGGUCCAAGGUUCUUGUUCAAGGGAUGGUUACCUGCAUGGAUCCGUCUCACUCCCAAUACCAUCUGCAUGUUCGUAUUCCUCGAACAGCUGAGAAACGCCGUGGAUAUGUUUAGAUCGAAAACUGCUGGUAUAGCACCUUCCAGUCCGGCCAUAUAG